AUGUCUGCGUCUCCCGCCCCAUCCCCUUCGUCUGCACCUACUGGCUCUACUCGUCAUGCCGCCGCUGCAAUUGACAAACAACGGGCGCAACUUGAAAAGCUGCUCAAAGACCCUGCGAAACCGGCGCAUAUACCUGCCCCGCCGAAGGAGAAGUCCGUGCGGGCUGCGCGCGAGAUGAUGAAGAAUGUGCAAGGCUCUAGUGCAGGCGCAGGGAGCGGGGAGUUCCACGUGUACAAGGCGAGCAGGCGGAGAGAGUAUGAACGGCUGAAGGUUAUGGAUGAACAGGCGCAAAAGGAGGCAGAGGUGGCCGAUUUCGAGAAGAAGAAACGACAGUGGGACGAGGCGGCCGAGGCGAAGACGGCAAAGAACCGGGCGAAGCGGCAGAAGAAGAAGGAGCGCGCGAAGGGCAAAUGCCCCGAGAAAGACCAGGAUGGUAGCCACGGCACCGGGCGCGGCGGCGGAGGCUCGGGACCAAGUGGAGACAAGAGUGUGGAUGCUCCGUUCAAGAAGAGGCGCCUCGUCAGCGGGAAGGAGAUGGUCUUCCGACGUCCAGGCGAGGAGGACAGCGACGAAGAGGAUGACGAUGAGGGGCCCAUGCCCGCGCCCUCAACCGGCGUCGACGCGAUUGCCGACGCUCAGCCCGUGGCUGUCAUCGAUGCCCCACGGAUAAUUAUCCACGAAGACGACUAG